AUGGCAUGUGGAACGGUUCGCACCGCUAGUCAAGCCCUUGGCGAAUACAUCCGACUCCUUACUUUUCCGUUCUCUCUGUUAGAAGGAGUGAGGGAGUGGUUGUAUGAUUUGCCCGAAGGAAGCAUUCGGACCUGGCAGGAGUUGCAGAGCAAGUUUUUGGAAAAGUACUUCCCAGCUGCCCGGAUCCAAAAUUUGAGGACUCGAAUAAGUAACAUAAAGAUGGGAUCGCGAGAAAUUCUAUAUGAGUACUGGGGAAGGUUCAAGCAGAUGCUGGCCAAAUGCCCACAACACCAAAUACCAGAUCAUGAUCUUAUUCGGUAUUUCGUGGGAGGACUUCGAAGGCAAGAUAGGCAAUGGUUACACGCUGCAUGUGGAGGAUCGAUCUUAAACAAAUCUGUAGCGGAAGCUUUCAAGCUCAUAGCCGACAUGGCAGAGGAAUCGAGAGAUGAGGAAGGGACUAUAGUCAGAACUACUCCGGUGCCGACUCCUUCUGCCCAAGACAAAAAGUUGGACAAGCUUUGCAACAUGUUCGAGAAAUUUAUGACGAACCAAGGAACACCCAAUCAAGGGAUUCCCAACAUUCGGAAGCCUGUGAAGCCAGGAGGAAACAACGGAGGGCAAAACCAGAAACCUUUUGAGCCCUAUAGGCAGCAGUACAACAAUCAAGGAUGGAGGCAACAUGAGAACCUUAGGUACGACAACAACAAUUUUUUGGGGCCAAACCAAGGGCAGACGAGUAACCCACCGCAAUACUCGCAACAACCUCAACAGGCAAGAGAAUCCUCCCUAUCAGAGCUCGUGCAUCAAAUGGCCCAACAACAAGUGAGGUUCCAGCAAGAGACCGAAAAGUUUAUAAUGGAGACGAGAGAAGGAAUGCAGAAUGUGAACUCCCAACUAUCACAUCUUGCCCAAGCAGUCGCCAGACUUGAAAGCAAACAAGGGGCACUCCCAUCCCAAGUGGAGGUGAAGAAGGUGAAUGCCAUGACACUCAGAGGAGGAAAGGAGUUGCCCGAGGUUGAUAAGGAGAAAAACAAAGAAAAGCUGGAGAUCAGCGAGCAAGUCGGAAUGGGAUCAGCAGAUGAGGAAGAAUUUGCCCAAGAGAAAGAGGCAAAGCGAAAAGCGACAGGGAAGGGUAAAGAGAAAUCAAGCCAGGCCGAGCCCAUAAUUCCCUUCCCAGGUAGAAUGGCCAAGGAACAAGAGAAGGAAGAAUUAACCGAACUGGUUAAAAUCUUCAAGAAGGUGGAGGUCAAUAUGCCCCUUUUGGUCGCGCUACGCUCUAUGCCCAGAUGUGCGAAAUUUCUAAAGGAACUCUGCACUCGGAAGGUCAAAUACACUGAUGAUGCGAAAUUUCAAGUGGGCGAGUCUGUAUCCGCGGUCUUACAACGAGAUAUGCCCAUAAAAUGUGAAGAUCCUGGCAUGUUCUACAUUCCAUGUGUAAUAGGAACAAUGAAGGUGGAAAAGGCAAUGCUCGACUUAGGGGCAUCCAUCAAUGUUAUGCCCUUAUCCAUGUACCAGGAUCUGGAGAUAGGACCGCUGAAGCCUACCCGAGUGGUGAUCCAACUGGCAGAUCGAUCAAAUGUCUACCCAGAGGGGAUAUUGGAAGACGUUCUGGUCACAGUGGAGGAACUCAUCUUUCCAGCGGAUUUUUACAUUCUCGACAUGGGGAAGUCAAAAGCACGAGAUCCGAUAAUGCUUUUGGGCAGACCGUUUCUAAAGACUGCCAGGACUCGAAUUGAUUGUGAUACGGGCAAGCUAACAUGUCAGUUUGAAGGGGAAACGGUGACCUUCGACAUAUACAAUGCCAUGAAACAUCCAGCCGAUACAGAGAUGGUGAAAAGUGUCGACAUGAUCGAGAAGGUUGUUGAAGAGGUUUUGCCCAGAACAGCAUUCAAGGAGCCAUAUGACACUAUAAUCCAGAAUGGCAUAACCGAGGAAGAUCUGCAAGAGGAGCAAUUGCAAGAGGCGGUGAAGGUACUUAAUGCAUGGAGCGAAGGGGUCAACUACACGGAGGAUCUAAAAAUCCCCACCCUAAAGGAAGAAGACCGGCUUGUUCCAUCGAUCCAAAGGGCACCCAAGCUCGAGCUGAAGUCUUUGCCCAAACACCUCAAGUAUAUCUUCUUGGGCGAGGACGACACUUUGCCUGUAAUCAUCAAUUCAGAGUUGACACUCGAAGACGAGAACAAAGUCAAGAUGACUUUGGGGAAGUACAAGGAAGCAAUUGGAUGGACCCUAGCCGACAUUAAGGGCAUAAGCCCUACUGUAUGCAUGCACCGCAUAUUACUAGAGGAAGAUGCAGUUCCAGUCCGGGACCUCCAGAGAAAGCUAAAUCCAGCCAUGAAGGAAGUUGUGAUGAAGGAGAUACUCAAACUGUUGGAUUUGGGCAUUGACACACACCCGUCGUGCGUUGAUGGAUAG